AUGAAGACCUACUUUAUUUUUGUGGCCUGCAGCGUCUGUUUGCUUCUUAACUCGGUCCGAUCCUCAAGCCAGCAGCUCCCUGGUACUCUCCCUGAGGAGGCUGCUCCCUCCAGCUGCGAUGUCUCUCCAGCAGCGGCACCUGCGGAGGCGCAACCUGCCCCUACCCCAUCCACGCUCUUAGGUCCCAGAAGACAGCCCAUGCAACGUGUUGCGCAAGGCGUGUGGAGGCGGCCAACUGCUGCUGCUGGAAGACCUCAGGAGAACGGUUUUGCUGCGAACAGCAGAUCUAACUACGACGAAGAGUGGCCUGGUCUCAGCAGCACCCGCUGCCCCACCACGCACCACACCACAAACCACCGUCAUUACCGCGGAAGAGGACGCGGCAGGCCUGUGGCUGUUGGCAGACCAGCAGACAACGGCUCGAGUGUGCUGGACUCUAUAGCUCGGGCAGCAGCGGAGCAGCAAGCUAGAGCAGACUUAUUUACCACCGGGACAGAACGCCACCCGCUCUACCUCGAGGCCGCUGUGGAGUUCUUACGACUCGCGCUACUGCACGAGGAGCUCGAAUGCAGUGAGGAGAGUUUGACAAUUUUCGGGGAUAUACUGCUGCGAGAGAUGCCACAGGACCUGCUGCUAACCUACCCUAGAUUUCUAGACCACAGCAACUACAGCAGCCGCAGCAACUCCAGCAGUCGCAGCGACUACAACAGCGGCAGUGGCAGCGACUACAACAGCGGCGGCAGCAGCAACUACAACAGCAACUACAAUAACGGCAGCAGCAGCAACUACAACAGCGGCAGCAGCACCAACCACAGCAGCGGCUACAGCUCAAGCAACAGCAGUUACAGCAUCAGCGGCAAUAACACCCGCAAUAGAAGAAGCAACAGUAGCAGAAACAGCAGCAGCAGUAACAGCAACGCCACUCCUGCAAGACCCAUACCACGCACAAGGCUGCCUGCCCCUAUACCAACUCCAGGUGCUGGUCCUGACAUCACCAGGGAAAAUGGAGUUCCUCUCUAUGUGACUCUCAACAGCAAUGGCACUCCUGUAGCAGGAAGCAGACGUGCUGCUGCUGCUGCUGCUGCUGCUGCUGCUCCGCCUCCUCCUUUUCGCCCCAGAGCGACGCGCCACAUGGUGCAUAGACCCCUACAGCAGCAGCAGCAGAGAGCUACAGCAGGGGAAGCAGGAGAGGCAGCAGCAACUUCGCUUUCUCCUUGUCUUUAA